UUCGUAUACGUGCUGUGAUAACAACAAGUUAAGCAAUCCUUUAAUAAUUAUUGCUUAAUGGAAUUCAGAAUUCAUUUUGAGCUUUGUUUCGCAUUUUCUCCUGUCACAUGAAGGCCGGGUUCUCCCACCUAAGCGAAGCACUUCUUCACCUGUUCAGUCUCGUUCGAACUGUUUAAAACAAUGAAUCUGGAGCAGCUUACUCGCUCCAUUCGUGACAAGGAGGGAAAUAGAUUAGAACAAGUGAAGUUAGCCACUUCAUUGUUUAAUGACGAGAUUGAAACUUACUUUCCCAAAAAAGAGCAGUUCAUCCUAACUUUCUUGUUUGAUCGUCUUAAGGAAGAUGGAAAAAAUGGUGAAAAACCAAACUAUUUAAGCAUUGAAUAUUGGGAUCUUCUUCGGUCAGUUUGGAGCAGUGGUAAGGUGUCGAAAGGGUUUAUGCUCAAUUGUCUGCAUAAACAAGCAUUGAUUCCACUUGUCAUAAAAGCUUUUGACUCUCUCUGCAAAACUUUUCGGCCCGAUGUCUUCAACAGUAUUUGUCUUACCCUUAACAAAAUUUAUGACACUGCGGAUGUUCUCUAUGCUACAAAAUGUACUCAAGAGCAAGCAUCUUUGAUACUUUCCAAGUUUCUUUUGCUAGCGGUGUCAACUGAUUCACAAAAGUUUUCGAGCUUAACUACUACGUUAAAACUUGUCCAAGAAAUCGUUUAUGUAUCUUUUAGAGGACAGACAAAUCCAAGGAAAGCAGCAAUUUCACUCUUCGAAUUGAUCUCUGCACCUCUUCUUUCUUAUUUAUCAGCUACUUCGAUUACGGAGGACAUGAAACUUUGUGUUAAAGAAGUUCUUCAUGAAUGCUGCUUUUCAGUCCUUUUAGAUUCACUUUCUAGCUCUUCUGAAGCGUCUAUGUCUCUUUUGAAUACGUUCAUAAAAAAUGAUGUCGAACCAGUUAUGCUGCUAUCACUCCCCGAACUCUACUCUUUCGUUCUUUCUUCAAUUGAACUGCAGAAGCAAGCAAUCAUGCGGCCACUUUCAACUAUGAAGGCUUCGGAUCUCACAUUCUACUUUUUUGCUAUGUUUUCUCAAUUGGCAUUAUCACCAAGAUAUAAAACGGAUCCAUUUGAACAGCUGAAAGCAUUGGAUGGUAUUGUGUCCCAGCUUGCUAAAAGUAGUCUUCGUCGCGGUGCUCCGGACGAAAGUAUUUCUCAUAUACUUGACAAAAUCGUCUUGCUUUCUUCGGAAUACACAUCGAGCGAAACCGUGUAUCAAAAUGUCUGGCAGAUAUUUGUGAAUAUUCUUGAUAUUAACUUUGAUGCUGUCUUUUCCCGAAUGCCAUGCAUAUGGACAUGUGCAAGUAAGAUUAACGAGCGUAACCGUAAACCUGUUUUGUCUUUCUUUUCUUCGGUUAUUGAAUCCUAUGGAAGAGCUCGAAGUUUGCAUGUUUUCUGCAAAGACUGGUUUAAUACUUUGCAGGGAUUGUCUAAUUUCGACAACCUAAUUGUUCAUCGUCAUCUGAUAGAUGCAUUUGCUACAUGUGUUGGCACGGCUCUGAGCACAGCUGCUUUCAAUGAUUUGUUGCGGGAGUAUAUUCAGACUGCUAGUAACCAUUCUCUAAAGCCUGCCGCUACGGUGAUUAUUGCCUCGCUAAUUAAGAGUCUUCAUCACUUUACUACAUUGUCUACUAGUACAAUUUCCUUACUUAAGGAUUUUUACAGUGUAUUGAUCAUGCCAUUUAUUGAGGGUUCACUUCCCGCCAACGCUUUAAACUCUUUCAUUCUAAUGGCACACUUUGACUGUAUAAAUCUCUCUGAUGAAUAUUCCCAUGCUACAAGUGAUAAAUGUCUUGGCUACCUGCAGUCCCUACUGUUGAAGGCUGAACUUGAAGACUCCGUUUUGGUUUGGGCUCUUCAGUGCUAUUUUGGAUACGUUGAACUUUAUCCGAUAGCUGACAAUGACACUGAAGAAUUUGCUGAAGUACUAAAGCUAACACUUACGUUAUCUACUAAACUUGAUGAUACUGGCUCAAAAGAUAAACGACAUUCCAUCACGCUGAGACCACUUACUGCUUCAAAAGCGAUAUUUUUAACUAUGACGAGUCGUUGGUUAAAAAUUUUUGAAACUUAUGAAAAGCACCUGGAUUUGCAAACUUGGUUUGGAUUUUUGUUGGAACAGUCCUUUUUGGAAAGCGGAGACAUUGACAAGUCCUCAACUUCCUCAUAUACAUGCAUUCUGUUGCGAAUGCUUGCGUCUUCAGAAGUUUACGAGCAGCCAUCUGUAUGUGCCGCAUUUCAGCAGGCGAUGAUAAAAUUCAUGGUACAAGGGGAAUUUUCUUCUUACAUGAAUGAAGAGUGUUCACAAGUUUUUUCAGGAAAUUGGUCGUUCCUCACACAAUUAAAGACUAUUUACCAUGCGAAGUUCAUCUUAAACUUGCUAAAGUUCAUACCUAUUGAAUCCAUUAAAAAGGGGAACCGGUCUCGCUUCUUAAAUGCAUUUGCACUAUACGAUUUGGCAGCUGAACUUGAAAAAGACGUUGCUCUCAUGAAAUCUCUUCGAAAGGCAAUUUUUGCCCUUUCCAAACUUACCAUCGCCUGGGAAACCUUAAAAAUGGAAGGCUAUAUUAUGAGACUUGUUGAAACCGCAAACAAUCAUAUAUCGCUUUUACCAGGUACCUCGGAAAUCCUUGGUCACUGGUUUACAGUUUCCACAGCCAAUGUGUUGAGUCCGAGUAUACGAAAAGUUUUUAGUAUGACUUCUAGCUCCGUUGGCUGUUUACUCUUUCUUAGUCUUUUCUUUUCACAUGCGAAUGUGAUACAAAAAACAUUGUCUGAUGACAAAAUCUUUCCCCCUAUGUUAAAUGAGGGGGCAGAGUUUCUAUUCCAUGCCACUAAACCAUGUGCUGACGGAGAUGAAGUCUCCAAAGCUUAUACUAAAUACUAUCUUGGUUCAUGCAUAAACCUUGUCCGUUUAAGUGUAUCAGAUGAUUCAUUGAUGAAACGUCUUUCUAAUUUGCGAAAUCAAAUCGAGCUUGUGAUUAUGAAGUAUAUCGAUCAAUCGACAGAAGAUGAUGUUUUUCCGAUGUGGAUAUCUUUGGUUGCUUUAACCGCAAACUCUGUUGAUGAUUGUCUUAGAUGUUUAGCGUAUUUGGCGGCUUUCUCCAAAGAGAAUGAGGUGCUCUUGUUAAGUGAUUCGGAUAUUCGCUUUAUGUUACAAGGUCGGACAGAUGAAGAGAACAUUUGUCUCCUAAAGCAAACGGUUUCCCUUUGCACACACAUUGCGCAUGCGCCAAACGAGCUGGCAAUACCGCUUUCCUCGAUUCUAAGAGUUUUGUUGCUACUGGCGCAAUUAGCAGAAAUACCUUAUACGGAAACUGCAACGGUUUCCUCGGAUAUUCUUCAUACACUUUCACAAAUUCUUUUGAAAAACGUUUCACUCUCGGAACCAUCUCUUUUCUGCGUAUUAAAAAUUAUUAAAAUUUAUGCACACAUGCCUAUCAAAAGCUUAAAUCAUACAGGCAUGAACCAUCUUCUUCUUUCACUUAGUUACUUUUGUGGUAAUCGAUACAAAGGACCAAUUUUGGUUAACUCAAAUGAGUUCGCUUUAGAGCUCAUUUCAAUUUUGACAGGUCUUCUCUACAAUCACAGAUCGUAUAUUAAUGGACGAUUCCACGUUCUGUUUGCUGUACUAAAAGGUUUCCUUGUCUCCUUUACUCGGACUCAAAAUGAUCAGAAAUCUCAAAAAGAACAGGGACGCUUUAAAUGGCUUCCCAAAAAUAGUGCUUUCACUAAUGAGGUAGCUAAUGGAUUCACUCGGUUAGUAACCAUUUGGAUGAAUCCAAAUCUCAUGCACGACGCUAAUAAGCGUACCUCUGUUUUAUCGAAUGCAGACAAAUUAUUUACAAAAGCUUCAGCCAAGCAUUUCCUUUUCCUUUUGCUUGAAUUCAUGAACUAUCAAAUAUGGUACACUUAUUCACCGGACAUAAAAGAAGCACUCCUUCCUGGAUUUAAUGCUAUCUAUGAGAACUUGUCCACUCAUGAAAAGGAAAGCAUCAAUGCAGCACUCGAUGCAUCAUCGAGAGUGGUCUACAAAAAUUUUGUCAAUGACUGGUCGCGGUUUUCUAGGUGGGUAGAACAAUAGACGAGCUCGUGUCUACAGAGAAUUAAAAGCGACUUUAUUUCGUUUCAUAAUAAUAUGCGGGUAAGUAGCGUCAAAAUCUUAAAUUCGUUACAGGGUUCUAUUCAUUCCCAAUGGUUUGCGCUGAGCGAAGUAAAUCCUAAAAUGUUAGUAGUUGUUUUAACACUGUGCCUUACAUUAACAAACAUGUUGCAGUUUAAUACCGCAUUACUAGCCAAAACAAUUCGAGUACCAUUUUGAGCAGCAUUAAGUUCGGAAACAAUUUUUGCUUCUUCAAAAGUAGCGCCGCCAACAAUGACAACAAUGAUAUCUUGUGGUUUCUUAAUUAUAGCGGUGUUAACAGUAGAGGCAUAGGGCUGAGUGGCUGUCCGAGGUUUUCCAUUUAAUAUAUCGGUUAAGAUGACUUUAAGGAAAGGAACAUGCUGCGUAUAAACGUUUUCAACUCCCCGAAGACCGUGGAGUCCACUUCUAGCGGCUUUUGAAAAGAUAUUGGAGGAAGGAAAUAUCUCAUCUUGUCUCGCUUGUUUACCACACAAACUGAGUAAAACAGGAACGCAGGAAGCCGACAUAGGGUUUGAGAGAUUCGCGACUAAUAGCGCUUGUAAAGUUUUAACAUUACCUGGAAAAUCUUUUUCAUAACGAAGAGCAUAGAGACAAACCAGACACAGCUUCAGGGUGUCAGGUACGGUAGACAUUAAUGCAGCUUGAAUAGCCGUGAAAUCACUAGACUGAGAGUCAUUGCAUGCCAAACUCUGUUCUAACUCGCCCAAUUCCAACAAGUUGUCAUGUUGUACGCGAUUAGAUAGUUCACUCAGAAGUGCCACAUGCUUGGACACAUUUCCGGAGAGUUUUUUAUAAUCAGGAUAAGCUUCCAGAAACUGUUUCAUGUCAUCAAUAGUUUCGAUAUCGCUGGCCUUUUUAGAGGAUUUGGAUUGUAAUUGAGAAACAUAAUUCUUAAUCUUUAUACCAAGGUCUCCAAAGUUAUUGAGCAUUGUUUCCUGAUAGAAGUUGUCUUGAAAUGGAUUCAAAACAAAUUCUUGUGGUUCUUGUGAAGCGUCCGAGGUAUUUGGGAGUGUCACUCGUCCAUUCUGGAUACCAAAUAAAUCAUGGACCAUUGCCUGAUAUGUCCAUUGCAUUAAUAAUGGUGUUACUGGAUCAUUUUUGCGGUCUAGGAUUAGAAGUAGUGGAUCGACAUCAGACUUCCGGAAGUUAAAUAGCUGGAGUUCCUGUUGUAUAGUAUACGAAAUCUGUCCAGCGAGUUUUAAACACAUGUCACUAUUUGCAUCAUAACGAAUUACGGGAUUCUUCUUCAAAGACAAGAGUAAGGAAACGACACCCUGAUGCACUCGUUCAAGAGCGUUUUCAUCCCAAGUAUCUUUAGCCGUUCCUAAUACGUGAGGCAUAGCAAAGGAAGCAAAGUCCGAGUUGACAACUUCGUAAUCUAAGAAAUACUCCUGUACACUUUUAACCGCUUCAAAGUCAUCGGAUUCUGCAAUUCUUUCCAGGAGACUUCUGCUCACAAUAUUUGUAAAAUAAAGAUGAUACUCAGCAUACUUUGGGUUCCGAAUUUCUUCGCACAAAAGUCUUAUAUGAAGUUUCGUAGGACGUAUAAAAGCAACGCAUUUUAAAUGACGAACAUUUUCCCUUUGAUUUUCGAGUACUCUGUAACAGAAUGUUAAUGUUUGAGCUAACUUAAGUGUAUACCACCAUACUCUGUUAAAUAAACCUGAUUUUCAAGAAGCUCAGUCUGUGUUAAACAGGAAGAGACAAUUGAAAUUGUUUCUUUAUCAAGAAGAACUACUUUUAAUCCUGAAACUUCCUGAAAGAUUCGCUUGAAAUAUGACUUAGCAGCUGCAUUGACAUCCAUUAAGAAAGCUACGUGAACAACAACAAUCGAGACGUAAUUCAAUCAAUAGAAAACACUCCGAAGUCAAAUACAAACGUCUGACACGUCAACGAAAAAAACUGGUGGAAGACCUAUUCCUAAGGCUAAGGAACAGUUAGGUCAUCGAGCCGAAGACGAACCCACGGUCAAGUGAAAUUUACCAAAAGUUACUGUUUAUAAACUACAUUCUGACUACGUCAAGACAAUCAAUGUCUGUUUCUU